AACCUUUUCUUUCGUCAUCGCACGCCUGGUGCGGUACGGAAAUUUGUGCAGGUCGCGUGAAAAGUGUAAAUUCACGGUAAAGUAAAGGCUUUUCGUGAAGUUUUCCACUUACGGUGUGCUCGGUUCCACUUCUUCAUCCGGAAUUGUGCGUUUACGAUUAGUUUAUCAAAAUGGUGAAGCGAAACCACAAGUUCAAAUCUGGCGAGGGGGCCAUGUACUAUACGCGCAAGGCCGCCAUGAACAAGCUGCAGCUGAACAUCCGAGAUUUCCGCCAGCUUUGCAUUCUGAAGGGUGUCUAUCCGCGUGAACCAAAGCACCGUGCCCGUGCGCAGCACGGUUCGCGCGAGAUGAAGAUUCUGUAUCACAAGAAGGACAUAACCUUCCUGCUGCACGAACCGAUCGUGUGGACGCUACGUGAUCGGAAAAUCUUCAACCGGCGCAUCAAGCAUGCCGCGGCGAAGCAAAACAUGAAUUUGCGCGACAUACGCCUCCAUAACUAUCCGCAGCUGAAAUUAGAUCACAUCGUAAAAGAACGCUACCCGUCGUUUAUCGACGCAAUUAAAGAGCUGGACGAUUGCAUGACGCUGCUGUUUACGUUCAGUACGUUUCCGGCAACGAAAAUUAUUACCCGUGAAUUGACGCGCAUGAGCCGCCGAUUGACGGUGGAGUUUAUGCAUUACAUCAUUGCGGCACAGGCACUGCGGAAGGUGUUUAUCUCGAUCAAGGGUUACUAUUUUCAGGCGGAAAUUAAGGGCGAAACGGUAACAUGGAUCGUGCCGCACUGCUUACCGUACUCGCCGCAUCAUGGCGAAUUGGUCGAUCUGACCAUUAUGAAAUCGUUCGGCGACUUUUUCACCGUGAUGGCCGGUUUCAUCAACUACCGACUGUACCACUCGAUAAAUCUUAUCUAUCCACCCCAGUUUUCACAUUCGCUCGACUCGGAUGACACGAUGGAAAACGAGCAUAAGUUCAUUUCGGAGCGCGUUGCGACGCUGAACGAUGAAUUGCUGCGCACGGAUGGUGGCAACGGUGAUGCGGAAGAGACCGAGCUGCUGGAAUGGACGGGCAACGAUGAGGACUUGCCGCACGUAACCCAGAUCCGGGAGGAGGCGCAAAGUCUAAACAAACUAAAGACACUGUUCAAGGGGCUGAAGUUCUUUUUGAAUCGCGAAGUACCCCGUGAACCGCUAACGUUUAUUAUUCGCUGCUUCGGCGGUAAGGUAUCGUGGGACAGUACCAUGUUUGUGGGGUCCACGUUCGAGGAGAGUGAUGAAACGAUUACGCACCAGAUCGUCGAUCGACCAAGCAUGGACAAGCAGCACAUUUCGCGCGAUUACGUCCAACCGCAGUGGGUGUUUGAUAGCGUAAACCAGCGACGAUUGCUUCCGACGAAUAAAUACUUCAUCGGUGCCGUAUUGCCACCGCAUCUGUCGCCGUUUACCAGUGGCAAAACACGUUACGUACCACCGGAAGAAUUGGCAAUGCGCAAAGGUGAACAGGGUGAGGAAGAUGAUGAAAUGUUCGAGCCGGCGGAAACGAACGACGAUCAGGAGCAUAUUUCUGACGAUGAAGAAGUGCUCGAUCCGGAGGAGGAACAACAGCAACAGGAAUAUGCGCUGAUGAAAGCUUACAAUGACGAGCGAACGGAUGAAUUUAACAGCGGCAAAGAUGACGAAAACGGUACGAAUGAGCAAGAGACGAGCGAGGAAAAGCAGAAACAAAACGUGCAAGAAAAACUUGCGCAAAUUAAACAACGUGCGGAACUGGCAAAACAGCAAGCGAAAAAAUCGAAAGGUAUGGCCGUAAGGCCAGGCAAGGUGUACAAGGAGCACGAACAAGAACAGCGAUCGCUGACCAAGAACGAGGAAUCGCUGCGGGCCCGAAUGGUUAAAUCGAAGCACCGCAAACUCUACUCCAAGAUGAUUGGGCGCCAGAAACAGUUGGACAAGGAAGUGAACUUACUGGCAGAGAAACGCGCCCGUAUUGAUGAGCAAAAGAAGGCAGAACACACGGAUAAGCAGAAAAAACAGCGGAAGCAAAUUCUUUCCUAACUCUUCGAUGAUGCCCUUGAUAAAAAUAUAUGUUACAUUAAGCGUACAAUGCGGAAGGCAGUUUUCCCGUCCCUGUGGAAAGUAAUAAACAUUUCUUCUCUUAUAAAUAA